AUGGGAAUCUCUGGAUUACCACCAACUGUGGGAAACAGACGUUAUAACCACGACUCACGCCGCACAGAGGUUGCCGAUCAUCUUCUAAUUCUUCCGGAAUCAACGGAAACGUUCACCUUUGCAAUUAGACAUAACCGCGAACUCUCCAUAAAUCCCGCUCGUGAUGCCGCCAACUAUCUAUCACAACGAGGCUUAGACGAAUUUUCUAUCUCCUUUCGCUCUCUCAGUCUAAGACUCCGAGAGCUACGCCUCGACGAGGUAAGAAUCAGCAAAUCGUUUUUUUGGCCCACGUUGGAAGAGGAGGUCGACCCGACGUGUCUUGUCUGGCCGAAAUUGGAGGUUCUGCAAGUCUUAGAGGUCCCGCCGCAUGCACCCGACGGCAAAUGGAUAAUCGACAACGAUCCUGAAACAGACUGGGAAGGAGAGCUGGAUGAUGAUUCGUACGAUGGAUGGCAAUACGAUCUCGAUCAUUAUGCCAGGCGUGGCAUCCUCAAAAGCGACCCAGUCAACCAGCUUUAUGAGUCCAUUGGUCUCGCGGUACAGCGAAUGCCGCGAUUGCGGAGCUUGAAGCACUCAUUCCGAGGCGCAGUUGGCGAGAGUGGGAGCCAUGAGUGGUUGCGCUUUAAGAGAGAUCUUUCUACCGGAAUGGUUACGCUACAAGUUCAGACAGAGUGGGGUUUAAAAUUGGAGGAGAAAGUCAUAUGUGCCUGGGGAUUGAAAGACGAGAAAGCGAAGGAGUUUCGCGAGAAGUGGGCUGUUUCGCUUGAAAAGUGGCCUUGA